AGGGAGUGUCUGCUCUAUGGGCUCUACUUCUACAGGGUCAACUCUCGCAGCCAAACUGUCUGUCCCGCUCUGACUGCGUUCAAAAAGCGACUCGAGGUGAAGUGUUUACUGGCUUCUCUCUCUCCAGGACAGUUGUUGAGCAACAGUAUUUAGGCUACCCGGUGUCCCAGAAUGGACUCAGACAUUUUGAACAUAGAGGACAUAGUGAUGGGACGAGGACUGCCUGAUCCCCCUCCACAAGUUCCCUCUGAGAAAACAGUGGAACCGUACACAUCCAUCACUAUCAAGCCGCCUCCUGCAGCCCCUGUUCAGCCCUACCAGCAUGAGAGUCUGCAGUGUUUCCAGUGCUUCAUCACAUUCUGCAGUGCCAAAGCCAAGGAAAGGCAUAUGAAGAAGAGCCACCGAGAGGAGUAUAAGCAGCAGCUUCAACAGGGAAAUACAUUGUUCACCUGCUAUGUGUGUGAUCGCACCUUUCCAUCAUCUGAGGAACUGACACAGCACCAGCCGACACACAGCAAGGAAGACAAGCCCUUCAAAUGUAUUCACUGCAAGGAGAGCUUCAGGAUCUUCUCUGAACUCACAACCCAUAGAAGACAGGUGUGUCCAGAGAGACAGUUUGCGUGUAAAGACUGCACUGAAACCUUCCGCAGUGCUGCACUGCUGCGCACUCACCGCCUGGCCCAGCACCCUCGCCCAGAAGGGGAUGCUACAGAGCAGCCGGAUGACCCUGCAAAGACCCAUCGCUGUAGGAAGUGUGGUCAAGGAUUUGAAUCAGAGUCAGAGUUGGUGGUCCACCAGGAGAAGUACUCGACGGGUCAGCAGUGCAAUGGCAGUGCCUCAUCUGUCAAGAAACGUGGACGGCCCUCCAAAGUUGAAGACCCUGCUGGUGCUGAGAAGAAGGGAAAGCAGAAAAAGAAAGAGGGUGAGGCAACAGAGGAGCCAGUGAAGAGCAGCAGCACGUCAGAGGCAGGAGCACCUCCAGUGGAGGAAAAGGGAAAAGUAGGUGGCGCAAAGCGUGGCCGUCCUAAGGCAGCAGCAAAAACAGAAAUAGCAGACAAAAAGAGUCCUGAAGAUGACAGCCAAGCUCAAAUAAAGGAGAAGAAACCUAAAGUGGCUUCCGCCCCGCCCCGCCAGCUCCCCUGUCCUGAAUGUGAGCUCACCUUCCCGGGCUUGAGUCAGCUCCGUGCCCAUAAGAAGGAAAAGCACACCCCUCGAAAAGCCCAUCCCUGUGAGGAAUGUGAAGAGAGCUUCGCCCGUCCUGAGCAGCUAGAGGCCCACAAGGCGCGGGCUCACACUGAAGGCCGCUUUGCCUGCCCAACCUGUGGCAAGAGCUUUGGCCGCGAGCGUACCAUGAAAGCUCAUGAGAAAAGCCACUCAGAGGAGAAGGUUGAAAACCGAAGUGUGAAGAGAUAAUUGAGGGAUGUGAGUCUUUAGUAAAGGCAUUGGGGACUAGCAGAAAGUGUAUGGAUUUUGAACAUUUUAGUCAGGAUUUUCUUUUUUAUAUAUAUAUUUUAAAUUGGAGAUAUGAUGCUUGAUCAGACAGUUUUAGAUGAGUUUGGGAUGUUUUUGAGAAGGAAAUAUGAUAUUUUAGCAAGACUAUUAUCUUGAGUUGAGGUCUUUAACUUCACAGCGUUGCAAUUUUGGUUGUGGCCUGUUGGGAUUUUGGAUAAACAGACACAUCACAUAAAUUGACUAACCAAAUGUUAAAAAAACAUCUAUUACAGAUUUUGACAAGAUACAUAAUAUGAGGUUGUAAAAAAAAUGUUAUUAACUUUUAAUGAUCUGAGUUUUUUUUUUUUUUUUUUUUUAAUUUUCAUUUAAUUUUGUUUUUUAAGAAAUUGUGGAAUGCGUGUGGUGUGACUUCUAUACUUUUUGUCUUGAGUUAAACUCAGUUUGUGG